GACAGUUCGUGUUGCAUUGUGUGGAAGGCUUUUUGUUAUUUCUCCGCUUAGUUCGUCACAUUUUUGACAGCUCUCUGGUUUUUAGCAGCAAAAGUGGAAAUUUUCAAAGCAGUUUAAUUCGGAUAAAAGCUGGUGCAAUUUGUGUGAACUUCAACUUUAAAGUGCAACGAGUGUAGUUGGAAGAAGGGUUUGAUAUUUUUAGGGUCAAUUCGGCCGGAAAUCUGCCCAUUGAAUGUGUUGAAAAAAUGCUGUAAAAACUGGACUCGGAAGGGGUCGUUUUAGUUUCAAGGUGGCGUUUGGAAGUGGGGACGAGUUUGUGUGAAGGAAAAACUCAGCAAGCCUCGCUCGAAUUUAGAGCUGUUGCUAGAAGCUCUGGCGAACACCAUUUUCGUUUGCCCGUAAAGAAGAGACGUUACUUUGUGUGCUCCGGUUCAAUCCGGGAAGCAAUUUCUCGUUAGCGUAGUUCCACAAAAGCCGUCAAAAUUGAGGAAAUAGAGGAAAUCGUGGAGACCGAGGAGGUCAUCCUCUCUCCCGAUGAAAUGCAGCAUGAAGAAUAUGAAAUCACCUCGGUUCCGAUCGAAACUACUGUGUCAAACGUCAAGCGGACCGAUAUUCGGGACCUGACUCGGGAGGCUCACUAUCAGACCAAAUUGCUGCAGCAGGAAAAUGAAGCUCAAGAGCUCAACUUCCAGCCGGCAUCGAGUGCCGAGGACACGGAGGGCUCCGAUCAAGAGCAUACCAUGGGGGAGCACAACUUCAGUACCGAGCAUGAUGAUGGAGACCAUAUGGACAUGGAGGGUAUUAGUCCAAACAAUCAGUCAGCGAUUCGUAAGCGUCGCGGAAAUCUUCCGAAGCAUUCUGUGAAGAUCUUGAAACGCUGGCUCUACGAGCAUCGGUACAACGCUUAUCCAAGUGAUGCAGAAAAGGUUACCCUCUCGCAGGAAGCCAACUUGACGGUUCUACAGGUUUGUAACUGGUUCAUCAAUGCACGGCGUCGAAUUCUUCCGGAAAUGAUUAGGCGAGAAGGCCAUGACCCGUUGCACUACACCAUUUCGCGACGAGGCAAGAAGCUGAACAAUCAACUGGCCAGUAUGCAAGGCCCGAAUCCAAUAACUAUGAGCCCCGCGUCAGAGGUGAUUGUUGGUGCCACUGAGGAGAUUAUCGAAGAGGAGGAAGUCAUCGAAGAAGGAGUACCCAAUAUCAUUACUUCCAGCAUUGGUCAACAGUACGUUCAGACACCGUCUGGCCUGGUUAAGGUUGAGGAGGAUAUCGACUUUGAGGAUCACAUUAUCUAUCGAUCGGACGAAAGCAAUAUUGAAUAUGAGUAUCCCGAAGAAGAAGAAGAGCUACAAACCGAACAAACCGAAUGGGAUGGUAUAAUUCGAUAUGCCAACGACAAAGAUGACGAGAUUCCCGAAGAAAUCACAGAAGAAGAAGUAAUCGCGUCGGAUAGUCCCGAGUACUUUGCUGCAACGCAAGCCAAUAUCACCCAUCUGCCACAAUUGCCACAAGCGUUGAACGCCAAUACAUCCGUGCGGGCAACCAUAACCAAGGCAACGCAUGUCGUUACCAAUCCAGCAGUUCCCGUUGGAUUAUCCCGGGUACAUGUGGUAUCCUCCUCGGCAACCACCGUCAACGCGAGCAGUCCAAUUGUGGCGACCGUUAAAUCGACGGGGGGUGCUACCAUCGUAACGACACCGCUGGUCACUAGUAAAACGACGACGGUGAAAAAACUAAUCACUACCCCAGUGGUGGAAACGAACGCCAAAACGAUAGCUCCAAUAACGACGACGACAACAGGAACCGCAGUGCUGACGACGGUCAACUCGAACAUCAACAAUAAUAAUAAUAAUAACAGUAGCAGCAAUAACAACACCACACAAGCCAACUCCCAGCACACGACGACUGCCGUCAAAGUAAAAGGUGUCAUCCGCGACGACAAGGAUCAGUUCAAAUGUCUCUAUCUUUUGGUGGAAACAGCCGUGGCCGUCCGCCAGCGAGAAAAAGAACAGGACGACGUGCACGUUCUCGGUAAUUAAGAAUGACGCAAAAACCUACAAGGAACCCAUCUUGUCCCCCUUUCCUCCUUCUCGUCUUCGUCAUUCUUCGUACAUUUCAUCCAAGGUCGAGAAAAAGCAUCUGACGGUCCAUCCCCCAUCAUCCCCAGUAGAGUAUCAUCGUAUAAGCAGAUUUGUUAUUUUUUCUAUAAAAAAAAACAUAGAAAAGCGAAACCCUGAAAAUGAGAAUUUUACUAUAACUUUAUAAGGACAAAUUUAAGCUAGGUGAUAAUAUGAGGUAAAUCUACGUACGCCGAGGAGAAUACAAACCCCCCCCCCCUCCCUCCCCUCCCACACACAAACACACAAUUCAGCAAACAAGAAACACACAAAACAACCUGUAUAUACAUGAACUAUAUACACUUACUCCUAAUCAUAGGGCAUACAGAAUAAUGCAGAAAGGAUCAUUAUUACGACGGAUCGGAAGGAACUACUAUUAAAAAAUAACUAUUACUACUAGUUAAUAAGACAUCGUAGAGAAAAACACACAGAGAGAAAGAGAGCGAACGCGUAAUUUCAUCUGUCCGUUACACGACAACACACUUUUUUUUAAAGCCAACCACUUUCCAGUCUUACAACACCGUAUUAUUUUAGUCAGCUCAGAAACAUUUCCGUUAUCCUGUUUUUUUAAUAAUUUGCAAUGCAGAUUCGAGAAACCGAAGAACAAAGUGAUUUGACGUAGCGCGGUCCUUCGAUUAAGUUUCAAAAUGGCUAGAGACCUCAGAUGGAAGAAGAUUUGCCAAUAAAGAAGCUUUUAAACGAAGAAAACUGCUGCAGCAGCAAAAGUCGAAGCGUUCCAAUCUCUGUGCUAUGGUUUAUCUUUCGGAAGCAGCCACGAGUGGGUGAGUGCAGGAAGUUGACUGUCCUGGAUCUCUUCCGCUGCUAGCCGCCUGUGUUAGUGUUUUAUAGAACGACGAUAAUUAUUAACCCGUGGACCUGGGAAUUUGUUUCUUGCUUACAUUAUAUUCAUAGCGCGUGUAGUCAUUACUGUGUCAGGUUUAGUUUUUUUUUUGUUUAGUUGUUGAACAAUUAAUGAAAAAUAUUCGAUUUUUUGUUUUCUUCCUUCUGCAAUAUAGCAACAUAUACACAGAUCACACAUUUACGCAGUGAGCUAGAUCCAUUUCAGUCAUUUAUCGAGAAGUUAGUAAGUGUAUCCUAUUUGAAUCGAGUCACGUGUCUACAAUACAAUGUGGUCCUUUAUAUAGUUUCCCCUGUGCGGUUUAUUUUCCUCUGGUUGAAAUUGGCACGAUUUGCCCCUGUGUCUGAUUUUAUUUACUUAUUUAUCGAUUUAUGUUCAGUCAAAAAAAGAAAGAAAGAAUAGAAAGCAGUGAAUUUCGGUACAGUUAGAGAAAAAUGAUGAAACUCUCAUAAAUAAGUACAUUUUAUAAAUAAAUGUAAAAAAACUAUUCUAUAGAAAUAAUCAAAAAAUUUAAAUAAAAACCCUCACGAAAAAUUUAAA